CUCGACAGCCGCUCUCUAUAUACGCCGCAUCGCUCGCCCUUUUGCAAGCAGCGCUGCACACUUCGUCGCUCACUAGCGCAUCUAUCAGCACACAACAAAAAACUAGCGCGCGGCACGCCAUCGCCGCGCAUAGCCAAGUAGCAGUCCAGCAGCCAACUACAACCGCAAGGAUGCCCAAGUCCGAGCUCCACCGGCGGAAGAUGGCCGACAAGAAAUCGAAGCGCCAGCCCGACGAGCCGACGCCGGUCAUCGACUCGUCGAGCGACGACGACGACGAGCCCGGGCCCCGCCAGCAGCGAGGCCCGAAGAAGAGCAAGGGCAUCAAGUGGAAGUACGUCGCGUUUCUCGCUUUGUUGUUCGGCUCCGCUAUCCUACCGGUCGUGCUGUGGAUCGUGGACCACGCCGGCGGCCUACUCGGCACCGGACUCACGAAGGCAAUUGGAGCCUCCACGGCCAGAAUGGGCCUCACGCCCACGCCCAAAGACCGCCUAUCAAAAUUCUACGAGAAGCACAACCCCGAGAAAGUAGGUGAAGUAGAUCAUUUAGUACAAAAAUAUGCUGGUGACUACCCAAAAAUGAUCAAGGUCCUCGAGGCCAAAUACGGCGACUACGGCUUCUUUUUGGGCUGGGAGCAGGACCGGACCUUUGGGAAAUUUAUGAAGACCCAAGCUGGUGAAGGUGCUGAGGUGGUACAGUACUACUACAAGCGGCACAUGCCGUACAAAGCUCGCGUGGCCUUCUACAAGAUGUACUCGUUACUGGACAAGAUCUUCCGGCCCUACGUCGACUUCAUUCGGACGCAGUUAUUACAUAUCUGGCCGGAUUUGAAGGACUACAUCGGCGUGCCUCCCUAUUAUAGGAAGCCGCGCUCGUCGUCAUCUAGGUCAUCAACUACGAAACGGAAGCGGCCGAAGACCGUGUAGUUUGGUAGGGCCUAAGAAGUAUCGUGAAG